GUCUCCGUCGCAGAAGCUUCUUUGGUUUUUGGAAAGAUUCGUCAGAAAUCCAGGAACGACACAUCGCACGAAAUUCGACGGAAAUUAAUUUCGCCGCUAUUCUCAGGACAGGGUAGGUAAGGGGUAUCAUCGAGGGAGGGCCUGUAGGUCUGAAUUAUUUGAUUUUCGCGUUUCUCCUUUGUUCAGAAAUCUUAUCGGUUAAGAAAUUGGAAGCAAUCGCCUGGGAGUUUUGAGUUGCUCCCAUUGAUGCAAAGGGUUCUGAAUUGAAGUUUCCAGGGAGAUUUUAGGCGAAUUCCUGGUUUUUCUUUCAGACCCGGUUAUCUUUAGGAAGCUCAUUCGAUUAUCUUUUCUGGGUUCGACUGGAAUGGGGCAACAGCAAUCGAAAGAUGAACUGCUCUACCAGCAAGUAAGCUAUGGCAACAUAGAAGGGAUUAAAUCCCUUUGCCGAGAGGGUGCAGGCCUUGAGUGGAUUGAUAAGGAGGCGAAGACCCCUUUGAUUGUGGCCUGCAUGAGUCCCGAGCUUCACAACGUCGCAAGAACUCUGAUAGAACUUGGUGCUAAUGUUAACGCGUAUCGACCUGGCCGUCAUGCUGGCACUCCUUUACAUCAUGCAGCUAAAAGAGGUCUUGAAAAUAAUGUCAAGUUACUUCUUUCUCAUGGAGCAAAUCCAUUGAUCAUGAAUGAUGAUUGUCAGAGUGCUCUUGAUGUUGCUAGAGCAAAAGGUCACAGCAGUGUCGUUCGUACAAUCGAGAGUCAUAUUUGUUUGUUCUCGGGUUGGUUGCGGGAGUUCUAUGGACCAGGAUUUUUGGAAGUAUUGGCUCCUCAAUUGGUCUCAAGGAAAGCUUGGGCUGUUAUUUUACCAUGUGGGGCGCGGAAUCUUACAAAGCCUUUCAAGUUGGAGCUUGCUAUAUACACAAGUCUACAGGAUGCUCAACCGCGUAUUGUUGUUCCAUUGUGGAGGGCCAAUUUGGAGGAGACAAAGCUACAGCAUUCUGAUCCAUCAAUUAUGAUUGUGGAUAACACUGCAAAAACUCGCUUGAAACUUGCAUCUGGGAAUGAAAAUGACAAAGAACAACUUCACUGGUUUUGCAAUGCAUGCAAAGGAAUUCCUUCGAUGAUGCACCCUGCAUUUAUGCAUGGUAACCAGGGUUCGGGUGCUUCGGCAACUGCACCACCAGCCACAGAAGAUGUUGAACUAGCCAUGGCGAUUAAUGCUUCCAUCCAGUCAGCUAACCAAGGGAGACCACCCUUUCCUGAUCUCAAUCCAAGUUCUGGAGGAAGUACCUCCAAUGCAAUAACGAGCAGCCAUAUCGGUACAGUUGCACCAACAACACAUUCUAUAAAAUUAGGCACAAAUGUGUCGGAAGUGCAUGAAGCUGGCCAGAGCAGCAAUUCAAACGAACAUCCUGAAAUCCAGGCGAACAGCAUCCCUCCAGAUGCAGUACCUUCAGCUCCAUCGGCAGCUGCAGAUGAGAUUCUGGAUGAUGGUGCAAUUCACUAUCCUUCGAUUGAUUCAAGCCCAAUCGACUUGUCAUCUACAGCUGCUCAGAACGUUCAGUCCGGAGCGGGUGAAGGAAAAGAGGAAGCGAGUUCUUCAUCAUGUGUUAUAUGUUUGGAUGCUCCCGUUGAAGGAGCCUGCAUUCCCUGUGGACAUAUGGCCGGGUGCAUGAACUGUUUGACCGAGAUCAAAUCCAAGAAAUGGGGCUGCCCAGUUUGUCGUGCUAAAAUCGACCAGGUUGUCAGAUUGUAUGCUGUAUGAGUCCACGGAACGGCGAGUUAAUACUGUGAGUAAACUCUUUAAAUGUACAGUUCCUGUUUAUAUAUUUUGCAACAUAUAUAGACCAAUGUUUUCUAUCUGAUUGUGUGGACAGUAGAGGUAAUUUAUUUUUAAUACAAUUUAUCACAUUAUCCAUUAGUUUUUUCAUCAGACAAUCAUGCUCAUACCUGGAAUGGAAGUUUGGUUCUGAGAGGCAA